AUGCUUCGUCAACGUCUCACUACAGAACGUGUGUUGGCAGAGUUUGAACGUGUGAUCCAAUCCAAUCGCCAUUUUAUUCUCAACGAUAGUGUGGAUGUCAAUGUUGUUCAUGUGGAAAUGCCUCACGGCGGUAAAGGUACGAAGCGUAGCGAGAUUAAUUUGGAAAAGCAUUUAAUGAAGAAAUGCUCAAUCAUACGGAUACGGAACAAUGAUCAACUUUGUUUGGCGAGGGCCCUGGUCGUUGCGAAAGCCAAAAUUGAUAACGAUCCACAGUAUACGAGCAUUGUUGAUCAUUGCAGGGCUAUACAAACCCGUUUGGCUCGAGAAUUACAUCACAAAGCUGCCGUCCUUUUGGGUUCUUGUGGUUUGGAUGAAGUCAAACGGUUUCAGACGUACCUUUCCGAUUACCAGAUCAAUAUUGUGUCCAAGGAACAUCAGAAUUCUCUCAUUUAUGUUGGUUGCGAUCAAGAGAAGAGAAUUUAUCUGUACCUUUAUGAUAAUCAUUACGAUGUCAUUACCACCAUGCCCGGCUUUUUGGCGCGAUCCAUGUACUGUCAUACCCUGUAA